AUGGCUGCCCCCGCUUCCGGAGCCGGCCUCGGACCCGGAUUCGACCACGGGCACUUCAACCUCGGCGCGCAUCACCAGCGGCAGUACCGCGCAGCCUUCCACGCCGCAGUCGCCGCCGGCGAGCUCAGGCCGCUGGUCUUUCCCUGGUCCUUCGUCGGCAGCUUCUUCCUCCCGCUGGUGUACCUCAGCAUCCCGCACACAACCCGGCCAUGGCUGUACCGCAUGCGCUGGCCUGUUGCCGCCGCCGUGGUCUUCCUCAACGUCCGUCUCCUGCAGACGACCUCGGCCGCGAACGAGGCCGUGGCGUACGCUACGGGACUCAUCGCCGUGUGGGGGACCAUCUGGGCGCUGCGGCUGCUCAUCUUCACCCGUCCGCAGUGGGAUGCAGCGAGGGUGGAGCGCCGGCCGCGGACGCGGAGGCAGAACGAGAAUGGCGUCUCCAACGGAACGGAGAAGAAGCCAACGGUCAUGGCACCCCUAGACGAGAGCGUCGCCGCCGCGCUGCAGCACUGCGAGUACAUCUGGCAGCCGUUCCCGGCCACGGCACCCUUCCUCACCCGCCUCGGCUGGACCGCCGACCUGCUCACCUCGUUCCGCGGCGCAGGCUGGACCUUUGCCGUGCCCUCCAUCCCGCACCCUCCUCCCCCCCACGCCUGCGCCCUGCACAACCAGCCUUCCUCCUCCUCCCUCCACCUAGCCCGCCUCGACCUGACCCCCCUCGCCUCCCGCACCGGCACCCCGCGCAGCCCCACCUACCGCGCCUUCCUGCGCUCCCGCCUCCUCCACCUCGCCCUGUCCUCCCUCACCAUCGACCUCCUCACCAUUGUCAUGCGCAGGGAUCCUUACUUCGUCUUCGGCCCGGCCGCCGACGGCGAGUACCCAUCCACCAUCGCCACCACCACUACCACCACUACAGCCGCCGCCACAGCGCUACCACCGUUCCUAACCGCCCUGCCCUGCCCGCGCUUCACCAUCCCGCUGCUGCGCAACCUCGCCGCGCUGGCCGGCAUCCUCGCCGGCCUGCAUCUGUACCCGGCCGUGCUGCAGCUCGCGACCGUGUUUCUCCUGCCGGCGCUGCUGCCAACCACCACGUCCACGACCACGAGCACGACGACAGCGGUGGAGCUGUGGCGGCACCCGGCGCUGUUUGGCGGGUUUGGCAUCUGCGUGCUCGACCGCGGCCUGGCCGGGUUCUGGGGCGGGUGGUGGCAUCAGCUGUUUCGCGAGGGGUUUGUCGCGCCGGCGCGGUGGACAGCCCCCCGUGGCCCGCUGGCCAAGGCGGCCGAGCUGCUACUCGCCUUCCUGCUCAGCGGGCUGCUGCACGCCGCGGGCGGGUACACGGGCGUGGCGGCGCGCGGCAGGGCGGUGGUGUGGACGCCCGUGGCCUUCUUCGGGCUGCAGGCCGUCGGCGUGCUGCUGCAGGGCGGCGCGUGCGCGCUGCUGAGGCGGGGAGGGAUCCUGGUGCCGGGCGUGACGCCCCGGUGGCUGCGCAGGGCGGGGAAUCUGGCGUUUGUCGUCCUGUGGCUGCACCUCACCUGCUGGGGCCUGAUCGACGACAUGAGCCGGGCCGGCCUGUGGCUUUUUGAGCCGGUCCCUGUGUCGCCGCUGCGGGCAAUGGGGUUCGGGCCGCCUGGCGAGUCGUGGUGGCGGUGGGACGGCGAGUAUGGGCUGCGAUGGUACAGCGGGCGCCAUUGGUGGGAGAGUGGCAUCCGCCUGUGA